CGCCUUUACACCGCAUGACUGAAGCCAUGCCAAUCGUGUCUGCAAACACAGGGCUACAUGAGACCCUGGCCCUUCUCACCUCUCAGCUCCACCCAGAUGCCAAACACAAAGAAGACCUGUUCUUGCUCAAAGAUGUCCUCAGUGAGAGAACCCUCGGUUAUCUCAUGAAGAUCCAUGAGAAACUGAAGCAGUACGAGAAACAGAGCCCGACUCCAGUCCUGCACAGCGCCUCCUACCUGGCGGAGGAUCUUUCUGAAGAGCUUCAGAACGGCCGUCUGGAGGAGGACGAGAGAGAACUGCUGCUCCUGCUCAACACUCCUCACCUCAAGGCCGUGCUGUCAGCCCACGACACAGUGGCCCAAAAGAACUUUGACCCAGUGCUGCCGCCGCUGCCUGAAGACCUGGCUGAAGAUCUGGAGGAAGAGUCGGUGAAGAUCGUACGACUGGUGAAGAACAAGGAGCCUCUGGGAGCCACUAUUCGGAGAGAUGAGGCGACGGGAGCUGUAAUCGUGGCCAGAAUAAUGAGGGGAGGCGCGGCUGACCGCAGCGGUCUGGUGCAUGUCGGGGAUGAGCUUCGAGAGGUCAACGGAAAUCUGAUCACCCACAAGAGGCCGGAUGAGAUCAGUCAGAUUCUGUCCCAGUCACAAGGAUCCAUCACACUCAAAAUCAUCCCAGCUGUUGCAGAGGAAGACGAACUGAAGGAGAGCAGGUUCCAUCUUCAACAUCCUUUGUCCAUCGCUCUCCGUCCUCUGCACGUCUACCUUCGUGCUUUGUUUGACUACACCCCCUUUGACGACAAGGCCACGCCAUGUCAGGAGGCAGGACUUCCCUUUCAAAGGGGAGACAUUCUUCAGGUGGUGAGCCAGGAGGACGCCACCUGGUGGCAGGCUAAGAAAGUGGGUGACUGUAACCUGCGUGCAGCCCUCGUCCCUUCCACACAGUUCCAGGAGAGGCGUCUUAGGUACCGGAUGAAAACGGGUCCCUCUGCUUCUCCUGUGUCGUCGAAAGCUUCCACAUACGAUCGUGCUGAGAGAGAAGACUGCGACAGCGAGGCUGCUCUGAAUGGAAAGGACGUAGUUUCUCCCAAGAGUAAGGCAGCCCCUGCCUUCUGUGGCCAUGCUUUCUCAUGGGAUUUUUACUCAGCCAGCCUGCGCAGAAGUCUCCGCCUCAGGAAAGAUCAUCAGGAUUCACCGGGAGAACCUCACACUCCAGACGCCAAUCCCUCAGACUUCCUGAUAUAUGAGGAAGUAACGCAACACCAGCCCCGCCCCGGAGAGAGGCCCCGCCUCAUCGUACUCAUAGGUUCGCUGGGUGCUCGGAUCACUGAGCUCAAACAGAAGGUGAUCGCCGACAACCCUCAAAGCUACGGUUUGGCUGUGCCUCACACCACUCGUGCCCGGAAAUGUCAUGAGAGAGAGGGAGUGGAGUACCACUUUAUCACCAAAGCAGCGUUUGAGGCCGACAUCCAGAAGGGCAAGUUUAUAGAAUACGGGGAGUAUAAAGAUAAUUUGUACGGCACCAGUUUGGAGUCCAUUCAUAGAGUGCUGGAUCAGAACAAAGCCUGUCUAGUGGACGUGCAACCAGAGGCACUGAAGAUUCUACGUACUGCUGUCUUCAAGCCCUAUGUCGUCUUUGUACGGCCUCGGUUCUUUGACAGUCAGAGGAAAUGGCUCGGCUCCACUUCCUCCCUUAGCACAGGCCUCACGGACGACGACCUACAGGAAAUGAGACAGUCUGCAGAGCGGGUGGACGAGAUCUACGGCCACUGGGUGGACUAUGUGUUGGUGAAGGAGGAUCCAGUCAGCGCUCUGGCACAGCUGCAGCUCAUACUGGAGAGGGUGCAGACGGAACCUCAGUGGAUGCCUGUGUCCUGGGUCAGGAGCUAGUUGAAGUGGACCAGUAUGUGAGGACAUGGAUACAGUUCUGGGAGUGAUCCAGUGUUUAUUGCCAUAUAACCAAGAUUCCACAGAGGGUCAUUGUCAUUACAAAUGUCAGCCAUGACUGUACGUGGUUCUGAUCAGAAUCCAUGAUUCGUGACUACUUCUCCCUUUUGGACUUCCAAGUUGGGAAUGAAGAUAUGCCUAAAAAUGGCACGAGCUAUGAAAGCUAUAUCGAUAUUGUAGAAUUCACACUCAGUGACCACUUUAUUAGGUACACAGGACACCUUAUAGCGACAGUGGCACUCGCCCUUCUGCUUCAGGGUGGAACAUGCUGUGUGUUCAGGGUAGGGUUGCACAAUUCCAGGAAUUUUCAAAAUGGUAAAUGUUCCAUGGGAAGUUUAAGAGCUUUUUAAAUGUUGAAGGUUGGGAACUUCAAUAUAGUUGGUAGAAAAUAUACUAUAGCAAAAAUUUCAUUAUGUCCUCAUAAUGACAAUAAAAACUUCUUGAUUCUUGAUAGCAUAAUCUUGGCUAAAUAAAAUCAAAUUUUAUGCAAAUACAGUUGGAUAUCAAUGCCUAUUCCUCCUCAUAGCACACUACUUUCUGCAGGGUUAUAUGGUCCGGAUUUUUUAUUAACUUAUGUUUUUAUGUAUCUUCUUCAUGUUUUAACUGUAUUAUUUUGUAUGCAUGUCUGCUUAUGACAAAACAAACAUGUUAAGAUUUGUUGUUUCUUUAAAUUAUCCAAAAUGUCCAGUUUAGUCUUACUGACAGUUUCCACUUUAGAAUAUUUCCAAAAUUCCCAAACUUGGGAGUUCCCAUGGAAAGUUUCCCACAGUAUUCCUCUCCUUUGCAACCAUAGUUCAGUGAUAAUCGUCUUUAUAACUUGCUUGUAAUGAGUGAAUAUUUAAAGUUACAGUUGGCUUUCUAUAAUUUCACACCAGUUUGGUCAUUCUCUUCUGACCUGUGGCGUUUCUGAAACAAAGUCACCAAAUCACAAUUUUUCCACAUUCUGAUGCUCAGUUUGAACAACAGCAGGUUGUCGUGGCCAUGUCUGACACGUUAAGUUGCUGCUGUGUGAUUGGCUGAUGAGAUAUUUGCUUUAACAAGCGGUUAAAGGAGUGUACCUAAUAAAGUGGUGGUGAGAGUGACUGUUCAGAAGAUUGAAGAAAGACUGUUGUUAAGUAGAUACAUUUGAUGGCUGUUGUGUCAAAGUGAAUAAAGUUUCCUCUGAAAUGGUGA